GCAGACGGUCAGCAAAGCGUACGGCGCCGCCGACGCCGAAGCGCAGACCGCCGCGGCUCCGGAGGCGAAGCCCCUGAGGCUCGGCCGGGCGACCGUCGCCGCGAUUUGCCUCGCGGCCGCGCUCAGCGGCGCCGCGGUCGCGUCCGUCGCGCGCGUGCGGACGCGCACCUACGUCGCGGACCUCGCCGGCGUCAGCUACACCAUGGGAGCAUCGGAGCUGUGCGGCGACCUCGGCAAAUGCGAGGAACCCACGAAAUGCUACCAAAAACUCAAGGACAACGGCGAGACGAAGUACAAGUGCGCCGAAGGGUCCCCGGGGAACAAGUGGACCAUCGUCGAAAGCGCAAGAAGCAAGAAGAAGCCGGGCCCCGAUUCCCUCAGCGGCGGGGGCGACAAGCCCGACAAGAUCAUGUGCGCGAUGGUGCACCGCCCGGUGUGCGACACCGAGGGCAACUGGCACACGAACGCCUGCGUGGCCGAGCACCAAAAGUUCAAGACGAUUUCGAGCGAGCACGUCUUCGACAACGGCAAGUGCGUGAAGCGGCGGUGAGCAGUGGACGCCGUCACGCCGAUUCAUCGAGUAGCCCGCCGCGCGACGCGCUCACGGCUCCUCCUCUCCCCACACCUCCGUAUCGCCUCCUCCCUCUUGAUUCCUCCCGCCGCGUAUAUGUGAGUUUUACGAGGUAUCCUAUGUAG